CCCGCCGCUCCCCGCUCCCGCCGUGUCAGGAGCUCAGCUCCCCGUUCCCCUCACCCUGGGGCCUCUCCCCAGCCCAGAGCCGUCCCGUGGGCAGCCGCCGGUGUUUUCUGCCGCCUUCCGAUGGAGCGGGCGCUGAGGGCCGUGCUCCGGUGUUGUGCCCGGGGCGUUUCCCCCGGGCCGUGGUGGGCUGAGGGGCUGAGGUACCGCUCGGCUUCCCGCGCUCCGGCAGCUGCGGGGGGGGAUGAGGAGAGGCCGGGCCCGGAGAGGAGGGGUGGUGGGCAGCUCCCUUCAGCAGUCCCCCGGGGGGGUCCUCAGGACCUGACCCGCUCCCCCCCGGGCCCGCGGAGCCGCCCGGCCCUCUGGCACAAAGGGUACGAGAGGGACCCCAGGCCGGCUGGGAGGGAAUCGUGGAGCUGGCGAGAGGGAGAGUGCUCCAGGGUGAGGAGGAGGCUGGAGCAGAAGCCUCUGGCUGUCGGGAGGACGAAAGGCUCCGAGAUCCUGUUUGGGAUCGCGCCGUGCUCCCUGGCGCUCUCUCAGUCGAGGAGGGAGCUGUUCAGGUUGUUCCUCAAGCAGGGCAGAGGCUCCCAGCCCCUGGUUAGGAGUGAGUUUGUCCUUCAGGCCACGGCCAGGGGGGUCCCGGUGCUGGAGGUCAGCAGGAGAGAGCUGGAUGCUCUCUGCAGGGGUCAGGUCCACCAGGGGGUUUGUUUGGAAGCCACCCCUCUCCGUUUCAAGAGUUUGGAGGAAGCUGAGAAGCCUGAGCUGAAGGAUGAAGAGAAUCCCAGCAGAGAGCUGGUCUGGCUGGUGCUGGAGCAGAUCCAGGACCCCAUGAACCUGGGGGCUCUGCUGCGUUCUGCCUAUUUCCUGGGGGUGGACAGAGUGGUGACAAGCCAGAGGAACAGUUGUCCCUUGACUCCAACAGUGAGCAAAGCCAGCUCUGGAGCUAUGGAAGUCUUUGAUGUCUACAGCACAGAUGAUCUCCAGAGCUUUUUGAAGACUAAAACUGCAGAAGGCUGGGAAGUGGUGGGCACAGUCAGCAGGCCUGAGGAGGUGGAAAAUGUUCCUGUCAUCAGUUGCUUGGAAUUUCAGUGGGAGAAACCUCUUCUUGUAGUCAUAGGCAGUGAAGGGGAUGGACUUUCCCUGGAGACACAGCUCCUGUGCCACAGGAUGUUGGCCAUACCCCCCGGCCGGGCGCUGCACCCCGGGAUUGAGUCGCUGAACGUCUCUGUUGCCACUGGUAUUCUCCUGCACUCCAUCUGCAGCCAAAAGCAGCGCCAGGGUGGUUGAAUCCUUUUCUUAUUGUGGCUCUGCUCUCUCCGUGUGGAUCCAGAGUUGCUCUUUCCAGGGUCCUCAACUUGCAAGUUGCAGGAAGAGCCCUUGACCUGAGCUGCAUCUUGGCUGGUACACAACACCACCAGAACCCUGGUUUGGCUCUGAAGUCAGGCACAUCUUAGGUAACACCUCCCACCAGCUCCUUGGAGGAAGGGACACAAAACUUGGACAGCCAAACCCUUCUGGUUUUGCAGUAGAACACUCAGUGAUGGCUGCAAGCUUUGUGCUUGUUGCACAGAGGGGACUUUAUACAUUGCCUGAGCUGUGGAGAGAAUUUAGGCAGUAGGGGAGAAACAGUUCUGAGGUGAAAGAGCAGCCAUGCUCCAUGCCCACCCUGUGCCCACAACCCCCUUAGCAGCCAAGAGGGUGCUGGUGGGAGCUAGGUAUGAUUUGGGACUGCUCAGCAGCAAUUUCUUCACAGUGAGGUGGUUUCUCUCUCCCAUAUUGCUGUAGUGGGAGAAAAAGCAGCCUGGUGAAAUAAAGGCUUGGUAAAGGUUGGCUGUA